GGUUCGCUAUUCGGGAUCGCGUAAAAUCGUCGUAUAAGUUAUGGCAAAUUUGAGGCAGACUCCCCUGACGUGCAGCGGACACACUCGGCCCGUGGUGCAUCUAGAUUUCAGCUCGAUCACGGACAGCGGAUAUUUUUUAAUUUCCGCUUGCAAAGAUGGCAAACCGAUGCUUAGGCAGGGCGACACCGGCGAUUGGAUCGGCACGUUUGAAGGUCACAAGGGGGCCGUUUGGGGGGUGGCCUUAAAUGCGGACGCGACCAAGGCGGCGUCCGGCGCUGCGGAUUUCACCGGCAAAGUGUGGGACGCCGUGACCGGCGAAGAGCUUCACUCCUUUCAGCACAAUCACAUAGUGAAGAGCGUGAACUUUUCGAAAGACUCAGCCUUGCUGGCGACUGGGAGUAACGAGAAGCUGGUCAAGGUGUUUGACCUCGUCAAACCCGAAGCGGAACCCGACGUUUUCGUGGGGCACACGGGCGGCGUGAGACACGCCCUCUUUUUCAGAAACGACACGCAUCUAGUUUCGGUGGCCGAUGACAAAACGCUACGCGUGUGGGACCGUUCUGUGGGCAAGGAAGUGCAGAAACUCGAUUUCCCAUUCAGCCCCAACAGCCUUGAGGUGUCGAGGGACGGUACUGUGCUGACGGUGGCGUACUCGAACAAGGUCGCGUUUUUCGACGCCAACACGCUCGGCAAGAUAAGGGAAUUCUCUGUACCGACCACGGUCAACUCAGCGUCGUUGCAUAAUGACAAGAGCGUGUUCGUUACUGGCGGUGACGACUUGAAAGUGUACAAAUUCGAUUACGCCACCGGCACCGAAAUCGAAUCGUUCAAGGGACAUUUCGGGCCCGUCCACUGCGUGAAAUUCUCGCCGGACGGCGAGCUGUACGCCUCCGGCUCCGAGGACGGCACCUUGAGAUUGUGGCAGACGACUGUCGGCAAAACCUACGGGCUGUGGAAGUGCAUCGACGGGCACCAAAUCGGCGACGGCGUCGCGGCGCCGAAAGAGGCGCAGACGUGCAUUUAA